AUGGACAGAAAUUUGCGCGUAGCCCCGUCGAAAAGCCUUAUUGAUCGUCCUGGCCACUUGAUUCCCAAGGUGCUUGAAUGCGACGACAAAGGCUGCACGGGCACUAACACCGACAACCGAAUAAAGAACGCCCUGCGAGAAGCCAAGGCCUGCGGUCUUCAUUGUCUUGUCCAUGCGGGCGAAAACGGCAGCGCGGCGUCGGUCAGUGAGGCCGUCUACGACAUGUUCGCGGAGCGGAUUGGCCACGGCUACCACAUUCUCGACAACGCGUCCAUCUACAGCGACAUGAAGUCCAAAAAUGUUCACUUUGAGGUGUGUCCGCUGUCGAGCCGGCUAACGGGGUCCGUCAGCUGUGACUGGAGCCAGCACCCCGUGCAUUACUUCAUUCGAGACGGCAUCAACUUCUCCAUUUCAACGGACGACCCCACCGUCACCGGCCAAUGGCUUAUCGAGGAGGAGAAAAUGCUCCUCACUAAGGUCGGUCUGACCGCUGAGCAGUUGAAGGCGGCCAACCUGAGAGCCGCCAAGGCCUGCUUCCUCGGUGGAGAGGACAAGGAGGAUCUGCUGCGUCAUAUUUGCGCCAGGCGCGACUCGGCCAACAUUUGCGCCUAA